AUGUGUGGCUCAAGUACGGGCAGAAGGAACUGUCUGGCGGAAUCUAUACGCGGUAAGAGCAGGUUGAGCCAGUACGAUAGGUUAGAACCAGGUGAAUCACUAGUGCUUCAGACUGGUUCGUUCUCACCGACACCCUUGCAAGCAACGGGCUACGUGUGGCUCAAGUACGGGCAGAAAGAGCUGUCUGGCGGAGUGUACACGCGGCACCACCUCUGCUGCGCACAGAGGGACUCAUCGCUCGAGUGCCAUGCCAACUACUGCGCACUAGGGGCGAAUCGUGGACUUCUACUAGAUUGCGUCCGUGUCUCUCCCUUCGGACCUCCACCUCCUCCCUCCUUCCCACAUUUCCCACCUCUCCGCCCUCCCUCUCUCCUUCCCCCUUCUCCCUGUCCUUCUCCCUCCCCUCUCCCUCGCCCCUACCACCUCCCUCCCACUCCACCCCCCUUUACACCCCCCAGGCACUACUUUUUCUGCGCACAGAGGGACUCAUCGCACAAGCACUACUUCUGCUGCGCACAGAGGGACUCAUCGCACGAGUGCCAGGCCAAGCGCAUCGUCGACUUCAACAAAAUCGCCUCUGACGGCCCGCACUACUUCUGCUGCGCACAGAGGGACUCAUCACACGAGUGCCAGGCCAAGCGCAUCGUCGACUUUAACAAGAUCGCCUCAGACGGGCCUCUGGGCCUCUCAUACGUUGGAGAGCACAACCACCCGCCGCUGCUGCACAGCGAACCCUUCACCCUCAACCCCUCGCACCCCACGCAUCCUUCGCAGCCCACCACUCCUACCACUCCGACAAUUCUCGGGGCGCCGCAACUAUCAUCCAUGCCCGCGGCACCCAUGGCAGGAGGUGCAGGUGGCGAUGCGUCCAGAUGCGCUGCAUCUAACGAGACAAUUCUUGGGGCGCCUCAAUCAUCGUCCAUGGCCAUGGCACCCAUGGCAGGAGGUGCAGGAGGCGAUGCGUCCAGAUGCGCUGCAUCUAACAAGACGAUUCUUGGGGCGCCUCAAUCAUCGUCCAUGGCCAUGGCACCCAUGGCAGGAGGUGCAGGUGGCGAUGCGUCUAGAUUAAAUGCAUCUGCGUUGGGGCUGCAUGGUGGGUCAAGUUUAAGGCCGGACGGUGGCACAUCAGGGGCGGUGGAGCAACAAGUGCAAGGGAUGAUGGGCGCCGCGCAAGCGUACGGCUUGUGGGCACAGACUGCAGCAGUGGCCGCAACAGGAGCAGCAGUGGCCGCAGCAGCAGCAGUAGCAGCAGCAGCAGCAGCAGCAGCAGCAGCAGCAGCAGCAGCAGCAGCAGCAGCAGCAGCAGCAGCAGCAGCAGCAGCAGCAGCAGCAGCAGCAGCAGCAGCAGCAGCAGCAGCAGCAGCAGCAGCAGCAGCAGCAGCAGCAGCAGCAGCAGCAGCAGCAGCAGCAGCAGCAGCAGCAGCCGCCGCAGCAGCAGCAACAGCCUUGGCAGCAGAAUCAACCCUUCUCCACCCUCCCUCAUCCCAGCAGAAGCCAAUCCUUCCACGAAAGUUCCUAUUCAACCACCCCAUUGUCAUCCCCUCCCACGCGGACCUCCACUCCCCUCCCACCUCCACCGUACUCAAAACCAACCGCCCCACGUUCCCUCACCCCUCCAGCAGCAGCAGCAGUAGCAACAAGCGAGGGGGCCUUUCAGGUUCAGCUAAUGUCCGACCCAUCCGUUCCCUUCCCUGCUGCACCGUCUUCAGGAGAGCCAAGAGCGGGUGCAGCAGCAGUGCUGCCAGUAAAGCAAGAAGGCACAACCAGCACUGGCAGCAGCAUGGGUGGGGUGUCACUGGUGCAAGAGGUGGUGGGUGGUGGUUUGAACAGCAGCAGUAUCCCAGGGGUGCCUCUGAUGCAAGAAAUGGUGGGAGGUGGUGGUAUGCAGGGAGCGUCUCUGGCACAAGGCAUGGAUGGUGGUGUCUCGGGAGGGUCUUUGCUGCAAGGGAUCAUGGGUGGGCUUUCCAGCGGUCCAGGCCUUCCCAACCUUCCUGUGGUUCAUAG